CCAGCAGCGAGGGUGGUAAUGGCAUUGCUUGUAAUGCCCGUCCUCAUUCCUUGAGGCUCGGCAGCUUAGCGGUGGCAGACAAUCCAAAUGUGUCGCCAUGCCGUCGCAUACUCAAACAUGAAUGCACUCAUUGAUCCUAGAUGCAGUCCACAAAGGCGAAUAACGAGGGUUGUUGGCUCCCAAAGCUACCCGCACCUGUUGCCGAUACCGCAGUCGACACCCUUCACAUCACGACAACGAGUAGCAAGUAUAACAGCCCGGGAAAUACCUUCAUCACUUCAAUCUACAGCCUUCUGUGCCAAAACAAGAGAGAUGGGCGUUGCCCAUUGCUUGGCCAGGACCGCGGACACGCAACAUGCCACCACCGCUCAUGGCAUCCUGUCUAAAGAUGCGCAAGUGUCGUACACCUCGCGGUUGCAACCGCCCGGAGCCGCCGCUGCGCUCCAAACACUGCUGCAAGGGCGCCCGGUGGCGCUUCUGUGGGACCUAGACAAUGUGGCUUUCUUCGCGCCAGCCACCUCGGCGCCCCUGCAGCUGUACCGCAUGAGGACCCUCAUAUCCGAAGCGGGAGGGCGGCUGCUGGCUUGUCGCGGCUAUGCGAAUGAAGACACAGCGGACAGAUUCGCAGGGGUGCUACCGCUGCUGGAGCAGGCGGGCCUGAUGGCCGUACGGCGAGUGCCUGUACGGCGGGACGCAGCGGAUGUACGGCUGGUGGAGGAUGCGAUGGCGUUUGCUGCGACCCAUGGGUCAGCUGGAGCAGCCAUUGUGUGCGUGUCACAGGACACAGACUUCGCCCAGCCGCUGCGGCACCUGUCGGAGCGGGGCAUCCGCACGCUGGUGGCCAGCCCGCACGCGCCCCGCCGCAGGACUCACGCCGUCAUGCAACCGGCGACCUACUUUGCAAGGUUGCCCCUGCCGCUAGCCUGCUGGGCCGCCCUCAAGUGGGAGCCGCUGCCUGCCCCGGUGACGGCCGCGGAGGUGGAGGGGCUGGCGGGCGCAGCGAGGCAGGCGGCGGCAGCAGCGGCAGCAAACGCAGCGGCCGCGGCAGCGGCAAACGCAGGGACAGUAGCAGCGUCAGGCUCAUUAGGAGCCGGAGUACCGGUAACAGAAACAAACGGAGCGGCAGACAGGAUAACAGGGUCAACAGAGGCAGUAGCUGCUGCUGCUGAACGUCUACCCACCACUUCAACACCAGCAAAGGAUUCCAAUAAAGGGCCCAAGGUGCUGCGGCAUGGCAACGGCAUGGCAAACAGCAUGGGUGACAUCCCGUUACGUACCGGUGUUGUUGACGACGGAGCUGUUGCAGGUUCCGUACGCCUUGAGUCUGUAGCGCUAUCCGGGUUGUUGCAACAACCGCCAGGGUCGUUAGCGGUGUACGGCAUGGGGGGUGGUUUGCAGUGCCCAGGUACGGCAACACGGUUAUGGUUGAAUCCAGCGUUUUGCUGCCGCAGCCUUGGGUUUGCAGACGCCGAUUUUGGUCGGCAGUACCAUUAGUCACUAUAAUGCGAUGUGUUCAGAAACAAUACAAUCCGAGGCAUAGGACGUGACGACUCCCUGCGGGCCAGGUAUUUAAAACCGGACGUGCGUUUGAUGGAACUUCACACCUGUAAGGUUGUCUC